AUGGAUUGGGACCGGAGAAGAUUCGAUGACCGGCGAGGGGAGAAAGUUAUCGACCUGCUGACCGACCAGGUCGAUCUCCCUCACGAGGGUUUGAUGCCCGGAACAGGCGCUCACCACCUCGGAAUCGAUCCCACCUACGUGCCGACACAUGGGUGCCAUCUGCUCGAGGCUAUGGUCGCCCCAGAAGUCGCUCCCCUCCUGGUUAUCGACGCCGUUCUAGAACCCCUCCCUUCCAGAGCAGAGGCUAUGGGCCUGGUGCAUACGGAAGAUGCCGUUCUCCUCGACGAUUUUCACCUCGCAGAGACGACCGACCAAGGUCUCCACCUACCUCAUGGCGCUCAAAGUCUCCCCAUAGUGAAGGUCGUUCGCGAGAUGUAUCCCGGGGUCGCAGUAGCCCAGGGCGCAACCGGGAGCCAUCACCAGGUGGCCAGGAAGCGCGCCUGCCCAAUCGAAAUGUUCCGUUCACAGGCCCGAUUGGUGGUGAUCGAAACCCCCGCGCCCUCUCGCCAAAGACCCAGCCCAACCUUCCUGCUCGCCCAUCAAGCCCCUCCCAUACCACAAUCCGCCGAGAGACAAAUGCAGAUUUGA